AACCUGGCCUUCCUGUCCGAGGAGUUCCAGAACAGCCCCGAGCCCGACCUGGAGAUCGUCCUGUGCUCGGGGUACGGCAAGAACGGGGCCCUGACCGUGCUGCAGCGCAGCAUCCGGCCCCAGGUUGUCACCACCUUCGAGCUGCCCGGCUGUUACGAUAUGUGGACGGUCACCGCGCCCCCCCCGCGGGAACAGCCCGAGGUGGCCCCGGGGACCAGCGCGGAGCCCGAGGCGGCGGCGGCGGCUCCGGAACCUUCUGAGGAGGACGGGGAACGUCACGGGUUCCUCAUCCUGAGCCGCGAGGACUCCACCAUGAUCCUGCAGACGGGCCAGGAGAUCCUGGAGCUGGACACGAGCGGCUUCGCCACGCAGGGCCCGACCGUGUACGCGGGGAACCUGGGCCAGGGCCAGUUCAUCGUGCAGGUGUCACCGCUGGGGCUGCGGCUGCUGCAGGGCGUGACCCAGCUGCACUUUGUGCCCGUGGACCUGGGCUCGCCCAUCGUGCACUGCGCCGUGGCCGAUCCCUUCGGGGUGCUGCUCAGCGCCGACGGCCACCUGGCCACCUUCACCCUCAAGGGGGACACCUACGGCGGCCGCGCCCCGCGCCUGGCGCUGCUGCGCCCGCCCGUGUCACACCCGUCCCGCGUCACCGCGCUGUGCCUGUACCGGGACCUUUCCGGAAUGUUCACCACCGAGAGCCGCGCCCCCCGCGAGGAGCCCCCGCCCCGCCCCCACGCCGAGGCCGAGACCCUCAUCCAGGACCUCAGUGGCUCAGUUGACGAUGAGGAGGAGAUGCUCUACGGGGACUCGGGGGGCUCGGGCCGUUCCCCGCCCCGGGAGGAGCCGCGGAGGGCGGGGCCCCCCGAGAGAGACCCCGCCCCCCUGAGCCCUGAGCCCUCCCACUGGUGCGUGCUGGCCCGCGAGAACGGCAACAUGGAGAUUUACCAGGUGCCCGAGUGGCGCCUGGUGUUCCUGGUGAAGAACUUCCCGGUGGGGCAGCGCGUGCUGGUGGAUUCGUCCUUCGGGCAGCCGGCGGCCGAGCCCCGCAAGGACGAGAGGGGCGAGAGGGAAGUGCCCCACGUCAGGGAGCUGCUGCUGCUGGGGCUGGGCCGUGCCCAGAGCCGCCCCUUCCUGCUGGUGCACGUGGAGCAGGAGCUGCUCCUGUACGAGGCCUUUGCCCACGACUCCCAGCUGGGCCAGAGCAACCUCAAGGUUCGGUUCCGCAAG